AGCAGUUGUAGCAUCCCAGUCGCGAAGUCGUCUGGUGAACAAACAGAGGAUGACCGCGAGGAUCAUAUGUUGACGCUGAGUACGCUGGAAAAGUACGAGUUUGCGCAUGCCGUGCUGGUUCUGGACACGGAUAUUUUCCAGGCUUUCGAGACGAAUUCGAAUUUGCCAUUGCCGGCGACAGAAAAUCAAAGUGGUGCUCAUGUAGUUGUCCCUCAGCAGGAGACCGACACAAGUGACGCGCGGUCGGCUUUGAAGUCGGUUCUCGCACGAGUGUACGGAGUUCAGGAACUUUCCGUCCCCACAGUUGCGCACUACAUUCUCGACGAGUACACGCGUAUCACCGAGUAUCCAAGAAAAAAAACUGUGUUAGUGUAGGUGUCUUGAGGUGACAGCAUUACAAAUCUGUUCUGCAUGUCAGACAAAGCCUGUCAUGCGCAACUAAUAAGUGAAAGCACAAAUGGAAAUGAAAUAGGACUUCAUGGUUGGCUAGCAUGACAAGUGCAACAGGGUCGCACACUUUGCAUGACAGACUUACACUUACACAGUUUUUUUCUUGCAUACCGAGUACUGCGAGGCGCACAAAGACUCGCACGCCUCCCUGCUUUCGCCCGAAGCGAAAUCCUUCAUCUUCUUUGAGACAAGCGGAAGUUGUGUUGCAAGUUCGGAGGAACCAACGUACGAAAAUGUCUUGGAACUGCAUCAGACCACUUUGACUAAUUCUUCUGAGUUUGUUCCUUUUCAUCCAGGACCACUUCAAGAACAUGUUCUGUCGUGGCCCCCGCGCGCC